AUGCAUCGUCUUUUUGCUGAGCUGGAGCCAUCUUUAACCGUCACAGAGCAAAACCUGGCAGACCGAGUUCGGUAUAUCUUGCGCUCAAAUAUAUUUGAUGUCGCCGAACUCGAACGGCUACGACGUGAGGCUGUUCCCUCGUCGGAUGAGAAUGCUACGGCUGAGGAUGCGGCGCCACAAAUGGUAGAGCAACCCGCAAACGUGGAUGCCGCCGUGAAUACCCCAGUUGUGGUUGAUUCAAACGAUGAUGGAACAGUCGCCCAGGAACUGGAAUUAGAGCAUAUGAGGAGUACAUUGGAAGAGGCGAUUGUGGAAACGCGCAGUACGCCUCUCGAAAAUCGACCGCGACUUCCCCCGCAUAGCCCUAAGCAAGCGGAAUCGGGCUGUCGUGAGGGCUCUGAACCCAAUGCUGGUGACCUAUUUGGAAGCCAGCCGGGACCUUUGCGAGACGGACUCAAUUCUUUUUGGCGCCGCGCUGGCAGUCUGCCGUAUCAUAGGCGCCAAGGUUUCCACGGCUGGACGCGCUACUGGCCAUAG